AGCUUGCAGCCUCAUGUCAUUGAUCUUUGAGUGCUGAAGUAUGCAACAAUUUAGGUGGCUUUGUCUAGUAUAAAACAGGCAGCUACAAGAGCAAGAAAACAAACAGAAACAACUUAUACAAUACCUGCAAACAGCAAGCAAACUCUUCAACUACAAAGAUGUCACAAAUCAGUCAAGCUCUCUUCAGUGCACAAAUGAUCACUCUCCUACUAUGCAGUCUCAAUCUAUUCACUACUACAGCUGCUCCGAUACAACUAGCCGUUAACCCACUCAUCAUCGAAACAGAACUGAACACAUGGGCAAAUUUCACUUGUACCCUCUCCUGCGAAUUCAAAGACGACUUUAGGAUUAGAUGGUUUGCUGGAGAUACUACCCUCCGAGGCCGACUAAUUCGACAUGGCAACCCAUCAAAAAUUAUCGAAGAAGGUGACACCUGUGAAUCCCUCGGCACAGAAGGGAAAUUCUGGCAAAUACUACGCAUACGAGUGGAUUCGAUAGACCUUAACAAGACUCCCAUACAGUGCACGGCCUCGCCUAAGACCAGCCAGAAUACAGUCCACUUCAGCUCCUACUCUGUGCUGAAAGUAAAAUUCAAUGCUCCAGUACCCGAGGUUAAAGAGACUGUACCUAACUGCCAUCAAACAGUACAAGUUAAUGAUGAGUCGGUGACAGCAGCCCCUCAAGCCCAAACUACAAAGUCAUCAGAACAAAGUGAAAAAUCAAGCUAAAGCGUAAGAGUCCCAGCAAGACCUCUCCAAUCUGAACACUAAUUAUAAUUAUAGCUAAACAAUAAUUUUAUUAUGAUCACUGUGUCUAUAUUAUUAUAUAUGUAGUGUGCAUAUACGUACACAGUCCUUUGCUGACUAUAAACGAAUUGAAGCUUCGAUCUGUUCAACCGUGAA